AUGUCGACCUCUAAAAUCAUAUGUAUAGUUCCAUGGAUUUUGCUCUACUCUUCUUCUCAGCUAUUAUUGCUUAAAGCAGAUAAAUGCGUAUGGCCUCAAACAUGCGGAGGUCUCACAUUUCCCUACCCCUUCCGAUUGGACAAAGACACUUGUGGUUUGCCUGGCUUUGAAAUCGUUUGCAAAAGAAAAUCGAGUUCUGACCCUGGAAUCCCUUACCUUCCAACCCUUUCAGGAGAUGUAAAAAUCAAACAUAUCACUUACGAGCACCUGCUGGUUGAGGCCACUAGCUUGUAUGCUUCUCCAUGCAGGAAAGAGGUUAACGUUACAAAUGCUACAACGUUCAACCUUUAUGACAAAGGGCCUUUCUGGAUUUCUGGGCUUAAUAAGUUAUUUGCUGUUGGUUGUAACACCUCUGCCCAAUUUCAGAUGCAUAUGGGCAGUCCGUCCCAAGAGACGCAUUAUUCGGGCUCCUGCACAUCUAAGUGCGGCUAUUCUCCGACACUCUAUGGCAGGCAACUGCCCUCAUGCAAAGACAAUGGGUGUUGUCAAAUGGCGGUUUCUGAUGGUUACAAAAGAAUUAGCCUCGCUGCACGAUUCCACUCUUUCUAUGGAUCGAACAAUUGUAGCAAUUCAGCUUCCGCUAUAGUCGAUGAAGAUAGCUGGGAUUCGAUUUCUAAUUCAACGUCGUUCAAAGCUACGGAGGAUUUUUCAUUGAGGGUGGCCUGGGCUAUUCUGAAUGACACGUGCGUCUCGGCUCCAAGAAAGAGUUCACGCCAGUGUUCUCCAAACGCGGAGUGUGAAAAUAGGAUUUGGGGUUAUGUUUGCAAGUGUAAGGCUGGCUAUGACGGGGAUGGAUACAGCAGCGGCACGGGAUGCAAAGGUAUAAAUAAUUUGUAUAUGUUUUCAGCAUAUAUUUUUCUUGUAAUUUGA